UUUGUUUUCGUAGCAAUGACUGAAAGCAUGGCUUUGUUUUUGUAACAUUUGUGGCGGAAAUCUUGUUCUCACUGUCAUAUGCGAUUCGGAUUGUUAUUGAGCAUCUGCUCAAAAUGCCAUGCAAGUGCUGUAUGCCCUAUUGUAGGGGAAACUACGACAACGGUUUAAAAGUUAGCGUCUUUUCAUUCCCGUCUGAUGAAGCAUUAAGAUUGAAACGGAUCGCUGCAGUUCGUAGGAAUGACUGGGAACCCAGUAAACAGUUCGUUAUAUGUGAACUGCAUUUCACUGCAGACGUCAUUGAGAAAAUUACCAGUGCUUACGACCCAAAACUGGCAAACUCUUUACAGUUUACAGCACCUUUGGACAGUCCACGUUUAAAGAAACAUGCUGUACCAUCAAAGUUGCCAGGAAGACCUACGUAUUUAUCUUCAAAACAAGCACUAGCUCGAGAACAUCCAGAGGGUCGCGAACGUUUGGGGAACCAAGCACUUGAGAAAGUCAUUGAGCAGAGUGUGGGAUCACACAAAAAAUGAUGGAGAAGAGUUCAUUUGCUAGUUUAGAAGAUUUUAAAUCAAAAUUAUCUGAUUGUGAAAAGCACAGUGACUGGGUCACAGGUGUUAAAGGAU